AUAUGUCACCACUAUAUGUCACUAGGAAGACUUUGAAGAUGAGCAAACAUGGGUGUGAAAGUCUUUUCACAACUCAAUUUUCUGUUCCCUCCCUGUGCUGUCCCAAAUGAGACGUGUUUCUCUCAUGAGAGUGAUAAUCUAGUUCUUGCCCUUGGGGGGUCUUUGAAAAAGUUGUGUGAAUUUCAGUAAUAGGUAUUCAAGAAGGUAUUUUUCACCUCUCUGUUCUAGAGCUGGCCAAAUGCUGUUUUUUGCUUUUACAUGAUAAUUUAUCUGUAUAUUAUACUGAGACUUUAUUUUGGUUAAACUGUUGAAGAGUGCAAAAAGUAUUCUUAUGUUUGUCCAUUUAAUUUAAAAGGGGGUGAUCUCUGGGUGAUUCUUUUGUCAUUGUGGACAGUAGGGAAUGGAUGGAUUCUUUUUCAGAGAACAAGAUGAAUAGAGACGAGGAAGUCAUCGGUAUCUUGGAAAGCCAUUGAUCCAAACUGCGUAUUUUAAAAAUGAGUUGUCCUUCUGUGAUAAAGAGCACACAACCUUUUUACAACCUUUAAUCACAUCUCAGUCAAUAGCAAUGAAUGUAACAGGUUAAGAAAUUUGAUUCAGUCUUCCAAAGCAAUGUUUUCUGUCCAGUGCUGUCUGAGCAUCUGCAGUCCUCCCCAGUGGAAUUCAGCACAACUGGAGUAGAACUCCUUUCAUUGUAUGCCAUGCCUGUUAGCUGGGCAGCUAUGGAAGUGAAGGGAGAGGAAACAAUGCAUCUGAUAUUACACAGAAAUUCCAGUAUAGCUGACAGUAUCCCUGGACAUGAGUAAGACAUAAAAAAUCCUACUGAGUUGUGGGGAAGGAAAAAUAUAUCUAAGCUUUUCAAGGAGGAAUGAACUGGACACCCUGAUCAAAGUACACAAUCAUUUGAUUGGUACAAACUGAUCAUGGAGAUCCAGGCACAAAUACAGAAAGCAAGGAAGAGAGAGAUCUAGUUAAUAAGUAAUUCCUCACCAUAAUGCAGGCUAGAACAAACAAUAGUCUCCCAACAAUAAAGACAGUAUCUCAGCUGAAACACUAUCCAGCACAAGGAUAUUACUCCUUUCUCUCUCACCAAGAAGAAAAUGAAAGGCAAGACAAGUUUUCCUCCCCAAGAAGGAGCAGCACCUCCUUCCAGAUGUCCGGAUAACAGUGCAUUCAAACAGCAGAGGCUGCCAGCUUGGAAGCCCCAGCUCACCAUUGCAUCUGUGCUCUCCAGCUUCUUUCUGAUAGGGGCAUUCUGCCUCACUGUGGGAGUCUGCCUUGUCCUGUCUGCAAACAGCGUCAGAGAAAUCCAGAUAGAUUAUUCAGAUAAAUGCUCAGAUUGUUCAAAGCUCCGUGAAAAUUCCUCUAAUUGGAAUAAGGAAUGCCACUGUUCUGUUAAUUUCACACUAAAGGAAGAUAUAUUGGGUGACGUUUUUAUGUACUAUGGUCUGCAAAACUUCUAUCAAAACCACCGUCGAUACGUGAUAUCAAGAAGUGACGCACAACUGUUGGGCCGAAAUGUAAAUAUCCAGAGGAGCUACUGCGCGCCCUUCAGCACCUACAGAAAUGGGACCCCCAUGGCGCCAUGCGGGGCCAUUGCCAACAGCAUGUUCAAUGAUACUAUUGAUCUUUUCUACAAUCGUAACUCAUCUGUGAUUCGAGUGCCACUGCUGAAGACUGGAAACAGUUGGUGGACAGAUAAAAAUGUGAAAUUUCGCAAUCCUGAAUCAUACAAUCUCUCCUCUGCAUUUGCAGGGACAGCAAGACCUCCUUACUGGCAGAAACCAGUGUAUCUGUUAGAUGAGGAUGAUGAGAGGAACAAUGGUUAUGUGAACGAUGACUUUAUUAUCUGGAUGCGAGUGUCGGCCUUCGCUACGUUCAGGAAUCUCUACCGUCGUGUCAGGCGGAUACAGCAGUUUGCAGAGGGCCUGCCAGCAGGGAAUUACACCUUCCAGAUUUCCUACAAUUUCCCUGUUACCAGGUUCAAGGGGAGGAAGCAUGUGAUUCUUUCAACCGUGGUGUGGAGCGGAGGAAGUAACCCAUUCCUGGGAAUUGCCUACCUGGUUUCUGGCACAGCAGCAAUCCUGACAGGUUUUGUCAUAACUGGCAUCCACUUAAAGCUCAGGAAAAAGAAAACAUACUUUCAGAAACAAUAAGAUUCACCUGCCUUUCUGAACAAAGACAAAAGUGUGCAGUGAACAAAGAAGGUGCAGCACAGACCUUUCACUCUUUCCCCUGAGCUCUGGACCAUUUUCAGUGUCAGGUUUGGUGAAUGUAAGCACACUGAGGGGGAGAGCUACUCCAUCAUCUGAAACCAAACUUACCUGAGGUGUCAUUCUUAUUAACGCACGUGUGAGCCUAAAUUUGUUUCCUAGGAAACUUGUAGUGAGGUGAGCUUCAAACAGCAGAUAGCACAGCGGAUUAGAAUUGCAAUGGCAAAGAAAUUAUGUGGUACCAACGUCUGGCCAGAAGUCAGGGUCCAUAUUAAUUUCUUUCUUGGCCCAUAAUUCAGACAUUUCUCUUAACUGAAAUGGAGCUUUGGAUGGGUAAGAAGUGAGGUCCUGAUCCAACAAAGAACUUGAGCAGGUAGAACUGAUGGCUAAAAUCUGCUUGUGGGCCACAUACAUGUGCUAAAUGGCUUGGCUUGGGUUUGAUACAUCUUUUUCAGAUAUGCUGAAAAAGCAACCAAUUUACAUGAGUGUAUUCACUCCAGUUUGAAACCUGAUUUGUAAUUGAAUACAGGGCAUUUAUUAGGAGGUUGGAAUUUGUUUAGACCAAAUUUAUUGUAUUUAUCUAGCUACUGAGAGCUGGAGGGCAUCCAAUCACUGAUUUACAUUUUUUAAAUGGUUUAAUAGGUAUCUUAAAUUAAAAGUUCCUUUAAUGCAAAAUAUUUAGCAGAAACAUCUACCUAAUAUAACUAUUGGCCAAAAUUGCACUCCUACCUACCCUACCCUUCCAUAUGAAAGUUCACAAAUUCUUACAUGACACAGAAUGGUAACUUAUUGUCAAUAAAAAAUAAAGCACCAGAAAAUCUGUCAACUUAAUUUAAAGCAAACGCUGCAACUCAUGAAUAGGUUCACCAAUUUUCACGUUCAGAAUUUUACACAUUUAGGACUUAUUUCUAGUCUCACAAGAUGAAGGAACAGCACUGAAGAAUUUAGGUCAAGCAUACCAUGGUAGCUGCGAAUUUUUAAAAAUAAUUUUUCUGUUGUAAAGUGCAACUGGAAUAAAGCACUUAAAUUCCUUUCAUAAGUA